CAACUUCUCAAUCAAUUACUUGUCAACUUAUUUUAUAUGAGUUCCGUCAAAACUUUUAAAUUAAUCGAAUGACUGUUUGAGAGCCAUUGCAAAUGCUCAUUAAAUUUACUACUAUUUGCAGAGUACAGUUCAGUGCAACACUAUCAGCUGGCAGCCAUGUUACUUAUCAGUAAGGGUUUGUUGAGUGUGCUUUAAAUUGUAAUUUGUCAUAUUAUAAACUUAAAUUCGUGUAAAUAAUUGCAAAUUUCGUGUAGUCAAAAAAAAAAUUUUUGAAGUUGCAAGAUGGUUGACACUGAUGUACACGAUUUGGAUAAAUGUUUCGAGGUCGUGGUGAAACAUGUGAAAGCAGCUGGCGAUGUUAUUAGACGCCGCAGUGAGUUGCGUCAGGAAUAUGAGCUGAAGGCAGACGAUAUUGAUUUGGUAACUCAAACUGAUAAACAAGUCGAACAAAUGCUCAUGAUAGGCUUAGCCCAUGCAUUUCCUGACCAUAAAUUUAUUGCUGAAGAGGAAAGUAGUGCUGGUGGUUCACCAAAAAAGUUAACUAAUGAUCCCACUUGGAUAAUAGAUCCAGUCGAUGGUACUAUGAACUUUGUACACUCUUUUCCGCAUUCAUGCAUUUCAAUAGGACUUGUUAUAAAUAAAGUAACCGAAAUUGGUGUUGUAUAUAAUCCGAUACUGGAACAAUUCUUUACUGCACGUCGUGGUCAAGGUGCUCUUUACAAUGGAAGACGCAUUAAAGUUAGUGGACAAAGGGAUUUAACAAAAUCAUUAGUUACUAGCGAAUUUGGUACCACAAGAGAUGUUGAAAAAAUGUUAGUUGUUAAUCAGAAUUUUGCUAAGUUGGCUGCUAAAGUACAUGGCUUACGCUGCUUAGGAUCGGCUGCAUUAAAUAUGUGCAUGGUUGCAUUGGGCGCUGCAGAUGCUAACUAUGAAUUCGGCAUACAUGCUUGGGACGUUUGUGCAGGGGAUAUCAUUGUACGUGAAGCUGGUGGUGUGGUUAUUGAUCCAGCUGGUCGUAAGUUUGAUAUGAUGUCACGUCGUGUGCUGGCGGCAGCUACACCAGAAUUAGCUACUGAAAUUACAAAGCUCAUAACACAAUAUUAUCCAGAACCACGAGACGAUUAAUAAAUUGCUUCCAAAACCUGUGGAUUUUUAUUGUUAACCAAAGUAACCACAAUCGCUGUGGUCUAAAAUUGUUGUGCGUGUUUACUCGUUUUUGAUGUCAUUCCUUACCAAUUGUUUGUUAUUGUACUUAAGUGAUUAUAUUUAUUGGUGAAUAAAUUCAUACUAAACAAAU